AUGUCCCUUCAGAACCUGUCGCGCUCCCUCGGGGACUUUGCUUACAAGAAGGACGCCUCCCGGAAGGCCACCGAGCAGAAGAUCUCCGCGGAAGCCGAGGCAAGCGUAGGAGCCAUGUCAACUGUGUGGCAAACAGGCGGAUCCGAGAUGUGCCAAGGUCAAGAGAAGGGGCCUGGGCCCCGCAGACCAGUCUUCCCAAGCAUGUCCAUGGGAGGCUGCGAUGGGAUCUUUGAGAAGUUCUCCAGUCAAGAGUUGGUCAGCUUCUUGCUUCCCCACCUCAGGCGCCGGCGGCGAAGCCAGGAACCUCUCUCACGCGCAUGCUCGGCCUUUCUCGAUGCGAACAUUGCCAAGAGCCCACAGAAGGAGCUCUUUGCGCUCUCGGGUGCCGCCAAGGGCCCGAGGAAAGGGCAGGUCGCAGCUACCGUGGCCGAGAGCUGCCGUAGCUGGGGCACGGGAAGGUGGACGCUGGUACUGCGAGCCGUCGCCAAGGCCCAUCGUCCAGACUUGGCCCUGCAGUUGCUGGAGUUGAUCGGGUCUGGGCGAAUUGAGGCCGAUGUCUUCCACUACUCCGCCGCGAUCACUUCUGUCAAGUCAGCUUCAGUUGGUGGCCCUUGGCCUACAGCGCUGUCGAUGCUGCAGCAAGCGGAAGACUCGGGAAUCAGCCCAAACGAAUACACCUUCGGGUCUGUGAUGCGUGGCUUGGCCCAUUGGCUGCUGGCACUGGAUUGCAUCCGUAGGAUGCAGCAAAUUCGUGUUGGUGCAAACGAUGUCGUACACACCGCGCUUCUCGACACCCACUCUCAUCAGCACCAGUGGGCGAGGGCUCUCUCACAGCACGAGUCCCUGUGCAAAACCACUCGCUUCACCUGCGCUCCAGUGAUGUCUGCUUGUGAGAAGGGCUCGGAGUGGCCCUGCUCCAUUGCGUUGUUGUCCUCGAUGCGAAAGAGUCCAAGGCCUCAAUGCUCACCGGACCUUGUGUGUUACGGUUCCGCUGUCAGCGCAUGCUCGCAGAGGUGGCAGGCAGCAGUUGCACUCCUGGAGCAAGUAACAGAGGAAUCUCUAGAGCGCAAUGCUGUGUGCUACAAUGCAGCCAUCUCAUCAUGCACAGAACGCUGGGAGGCAGCAUUGUGCUUGUUCGAGGGCUUGUGCCAGAAGAAGAUUGAGCCAGGAGUCUGCUGUGCCACCACGGCUCACAUCUGCCAGUCCUGGGAGGCGACGCUGCGCCUGCUGGAGUGGCAGCUCUCUGAAGACAUCAUACCCGACGCGGCGAUGGCGGGCUCCGUGCUGCAGGCCGUAAAGGAGCACGCGGGCGAAGCCGGCGCUGAGCGUGCCGAGCGCCUGCUUUCGAAGCUGUUGGACUUGUGGGCACGGCAUCUGCCCCAGGAAGGCAUCCUUGCUACAUGUGAAGGGCUGGAAGAAGAGAACAUCCUUGUCAACCAGCCGGGCUUAGUUGUAGUGUCCAAGCCGCCAGGAGUGACGACUGAAAGGACUGCCAUGGCCAUAACUGCCAGUGCACAAGGGGCAGCUUUCCACGUUGUUUCGCGAUUGGAUGCCCCAACCUCCGGAGUUCUUCCAUUUGCGGUAGGUCAGGUUGCCGCGAGGUAUCUCCAGGCACAGUUUGCUGGCCGCCUCGUGCGGAAGGAGUACAUCUGUUUGUGCCAAGGCGCUCCCCUGGGGGAGGUGGGAACGACUGGAAAGAUCUCCCAUCCGCUGCUUACGACUGGCGUGGAUGGGCUGAAUUCUCGCACGGAGGUUUCAGUCACCAGGGGUCGCGAUGCCUGCACGGUCUACCUGGUGAAAUCGCGGUACGAUGCUGGCACCUCUCUACCAGACACAGAGCUGGUCCUCCUUCGGGUGCGGAUCCUGACUGGUCGGACCCACCAAAUUCGCGUGCACCUCGCAAGCAUAGGACGCCCGGUCGUGGGUGACGUCGUCUAUGGCACAGGGCUUACGUCGAUCUCGCCUCGCCUCUUUCUCCACUGCGAGCGGCUACGCAUUCGUGACCUGGAAGGGGGGCUUCGGACUGUCAGAGCUCCGCUUGCCAGAGAUCUUGCAGAAAGCCUGAGCAAGUUGGCAAACAGCGGCAAGAAGGAACUGCCUCCUCUCCACCAGGUGGCGCUUCUCUACGGCAAGCGGCCGUUGCAACGGAUCGCCGUGGGCGCCAGCAAGCAGCAGCUGGAGAUUCCCUUGGACGUGGUGGCGGACAUCCCAGGAAAAGUCGACGGCAGCGUGGCAUACGUGGGUAACAAGUACAACGCCCUGCCAUGGAAGGACUUUGUGGACAUCAAGCUCGACGCCCGCAACCUGAUCGAAGCCGAUGUCAAGUCCGCGUUGACCGACUUGGAUUGGUUUGGCAAGGUGAAUGCGCUGUAUGCGGGAAAGCAGACCGAGACGGAGAUGGACGUUGCAGCGAAGACUAUUGGGGCGAUGAAGCCAGUGAAGUAUCCCAUUGCCAAGAAGUGA